AUGCUGCCUGCCGUCGGCGUGGAGUGCGAUUUCGCUCAGCAGAUCGGAGAAGGUGCGACGUCCAAGGUGUAUCGCGGCACGUACACCGUCGACGGCAAUCUUUUGGCAAUCAAGUACGCGCGUGAAGAAGGCCAGCUACACGGCAGCCUCAAGCACACGAACGUGCUGCGUCUGCACCGCGUGCUGCCAUCGUUUCCACCGGCAUUCGUUCUUGAGCACGCCAAGGAGAGCUUGCAUUCACUCGUCCUCCGCGUCGGCCCUCUCGACGAGGCCACGGCCGCGCAGUACGCGCUCCAGAUCGUCCACGGCUUGGAGUACGUGCACGACAGCAACGUGUGCCACGCGGACAUCAAGAUGGAGAACGUCCUCAUUGGCCACGACGGUCAGAUGCGCAUUGCCGACUUUGGCUUGUCCUACGCGCACCCAGCGCCAGAAGGCUUCAUCGUCGGCACCCGCGGUACUCUAUUCAACUGUGCGCCAGAGCUCUGGGCCGAGGAGCCCAUUGUUUCCGACAAGAUGGUUGAUGUCUGGGCCCUUGGCAUCGUCAUUUACGAGAUGCUCACGUUUCGGCAUCCGUUCUCGCAGAAGCCGCUCAACCCAACCCGGCGGUGCCCCUUCCGCGAUCCCGUCGUCUGCAUCAAGACGCUCAACUAUUCAAGCGACAUGGAGCCGAUCCUCUCAAAGGAUGCCAAGGACUUGCUCGACCGCAUUUUCACGCUUCUUCCAGGCGACCGCAUCAGCCUCGACGACAUCGCGACUCAUGCUUGGAUGCGCCCGCGCGCUUCUAUUAAUACCGCACUGCUAUAG